UUAGGGUUUCUCAUUCCAAAACCCCCAUUUUUCAUGGUCUUCGCCUGCAGCCGCGCUAAAUUUUAGAGGGAGAGAGAUAGAGAUAGAGAGAGUUCGUCAACCAUGGCCGAGCAGACUGAAAAAGCGUUCCUUAAGCAGCCAAAAGUGUUCCUAAGCUCCAAGAAAUCCGGUAAAGGCAAAAGACCUGGUAAGGGAGGGAACAGGUAUUGGAAGAGUAUUGGUUUGGGCUUCAAGACUCCUCGUGAAGCUAUUGAAGAAAACUACAUCGACAAGAAAUGCCCGUUUACCGGCACCGUUUCCAUCAGGGGUCGCAUCUUAGCUGGUACUUGCCAUAGUGCUAAGAUGGUCAGGACAAUCAUCGUUCGACGGAAUUACCUUCAUUUCAUCAAGAAAUACCAAAGGUAUGAGAAGCGCCACUCAAAUAUCCCGGCACACAUUUCUCCUUGUUUCCGUGUGAAGGAAGGGGAUCAUGUCAUUAUCGGGCAAUGCAGGCCAUUGUCGAAGACCGUCAGGUUCAAUGUUUUGAAGGUGAUUCCCGCCGGAUCUUCCGGCGGUGGGAAGAAAGCCUUCACCGGAAUGUGAGGGGCAAAUGAUAUUGUGUUUU